AUGAUCCCCCAUAGCACAAACCACAGGCCAAUGGCUCACACCAAAGAUGGUGGACAAAUGAAGAUAGUUCACUCAGGCAUUUUACCAUUGAAAAAAACUGUCAGUGCCGGUCUACAUAACAUGGUGCGUCUCAGCUGGGUCUGGUCUACUUAGUUCAUCGACUUUCAUUGAACAAAAAAAAAACAGCGAGUGGUAUGUCUCGCUUCCUCUUCCGUCGCUGGCUCGCACUGUCUGAUCGAAAUUAGUAGCUUUCAGCUGCCAGCCGUAGCCCAUUAUUUAAGUGCCGCUGAGAAUUCUUUGCAAUACAAUUGCAAAAUUACCAAUUUCCAGACCGUUUUGCAAGGUGUGCAAUUGUAAUAUUGCUCUUUGCACGGACACACACGGUUCAAACGCAAAAAGGCUCCAAGUGCAUAAAGAUCGCUGCUUGUAUUUUGCGUCUUUAUUGCAAAGCAAGCCGCUGAAGCAAGCUCCCGUGCGAGGGCGAUGGAGGGAGGGAGUGAGAAAGAAGGCAAAGUCUUUUGUGCUUCCCCUCCCCCCGAUCAAAGUAAAGGGGAAAUGUCUCAGCCAAAGGGAGGUAAGAGGAAGCCGGUGCUCUCGCUCUCCAAGGACGUGUUUGAGCAGCCUCCUGCUGCUGCCGCACCCCCAAGAGAUUUGGAUUCGAAAGCUUGUGUGACCAUCGGAGAGAAGAACUUUGUGGUGAAUGCCGAUGACCUGGAGCAGAUCGACGAGCUGGGAAGAGGGGCGUAUGGUGUGGUGGACAAGAUGAGGCACAUGCCCAGUGGCUUGAUCAUGGCAGUGAAGAGGAUCCGUGCCACAGUGAACACCCAGGAACAGAAGAGACUGCUGAUGGACCUGGACAUCUCAAUGAGGACAGUAGACUGCUUCUACACAGUCACCUUCUACGGCGCACUCUUCAGAGAGGGUGAUGUGUGGAUCUGUAUGGAGCUGAUGGACACUUCUCUGGAUAAAUUCUACAAGCAGGUGAUAGAUAAAGGCAUGACCAUCCCCGAGGACAUACUGGGAAAGAUGGCUGUCUCGGUAGUGAAGGCUCUGGAACAUCUGCACAGUAACCUGUCGGUGAUCCACCGAGAUGUGAAGCCAUCCAACGUAUUGAUCAACACCCAGGGCCAGGUGAAGAUGUGUGACUUUGGGAUCAGUGGUUACCUGGUGGACUCCGUGGCCAAGACCAUAGACGCCGGCUGCAAGCCCUACAUGGCGCCAGAGAGGAUCAACCCAGAGAUUAAUCAGAAAGGCUACAACGUCAAGUCUGACAUUUGGAGUUUAGGAAUCACUAUGAUUGAGCUGGCCAUCUUGCGUUUUCCCUAUGACUCGUGGGGCACCCCUUUCCAGCAGCUGAAGCAGGUGGUGGAGGAACCAUCCCCCCAGCUUCCUGCUGACCAGUUCUCCCCUGAGUUUGUUGACUUCACCUCCCUGUGCUUAAAGAAAAAUUCCAAAGAGCGGCCAAACUACCCAGAACUCAUGCAACACCCUUUUUUCAUCUCCCACGAAUCCAAAGAGACUGACGUGGCUUGCUUUGUCAAGGUCAUCCUCGGGCACUGAUCUAAGACAACGCUCUGACCAAUUGCCACAGGGGGAGGCGGGCCUUUAAAAAAAAGCACCAAUCGCAAACCCUGUUACCUGCGGGACUCCACAACGCCUCCCCAGUUCCCGACCCCUCCCUCUGGCACAGAUACAAAUGGACAGUAGAGGAACUCCGAGGAGAUGAAUGAUGCCCAACCAUGUUGGAGGAAUGAGGAGUUAGCCUUAAGGCCUCAAGGCCCUCACAUAUUAGAUAUAGGCAGUGGGGCAACGUGUAAUUUACUGUUGCUUUGAGGAUUGGAGGGCCGGGCCAUGUGUAAUCUGGAUUAAUUUAACUGUAUGAAAUGCGACUCCCGCCGACUAUAAUUUUGUCCCACCCUUGUUACUGUACUAGACCCACUGCUCAAACAGUGAUUUGGAUGUUAGUGAAUUUAGGAACGUGUGGAUUAUGCCCUGUGCUAUUGGUCAAUCUCUAAUAUAUUUUUAAACCUGGUGUGAAAACAUAAAACAGAGUUUUAAAAACAACUAAAAGUGAUAAAUAUACAUAUGUAUAAUCUAAAUGUUUGUAUUAUACUCAAAGAAAGUUGCAUUGGUUUACUAAUAGACUGCACAUGUACAGAACAUAUCUACUAUAUAAUGAGUGGGUUUCAGUCCCCUUAGAUCAACAGAGAGAUUCAAAUUCUAUGACUGUCCAAUGGUUGAGCUGUAGACCACUAGACAGGCUGGAGGCCUCAGUCAGAACUGCAAUGGGUUCUUCAAAGUAUGUUACUGCAGUUUGCUCUCAACUGCUCUCUAAUGUUGUGGGCUGUGUGUUUGGGUGGGUGGGUGGAAGCCUUCCAUGCAUGUGUUGUGAGAUAUAUGUGGGCGAUGUCAUUGUUGUGGGAGGGGUGCAUCUAAUCCUUCCUAGUCACUUCCUGAAUAUUCUUCUGUUCAACUCGAAUAGAACUGGAGAUAAGUUAUACAGUUAUUAUUUUAAAGAUAUAUAGCUUUUAUUUAUACUGAUGAGAUACAGUAUAUUCCAGUGUGCUUAUUUAUUAACUGCUGUUUUUUUUCCUUUUGAAAACUUUACAUUAACAAUAGAGAACUUUCUUAUUUUA